AUGAUAAUAAGCCAUAACGACGAUAGUAUGAUUUCUUCAAAUUCAAAUUUAGACGAAAAAGAAAAAAUCAAAUAGCCAAUAAACGACAAUGAAAAUGAAAAAAACUAAAAACCCAAUCAAGAUGAAAAAAAGCCUGAAGAAAAAAAGAAAAACGAUAAAAAGAAAACAAAUCCCCGUAAAGACAAAGGUUAUGGUGAUUAUUUACAAGCUGAAGAAGAAACAUCAGACUAACCUCCAUUAACAAUAGUAGUACAAGGACCCAAACAAAGUGGUAAAACAACAUUAAUAAAAAGUCUAGUAAAGCAUUACACAAAGCAUUCAAUAUAACAAGUAAAAGGUACAAUAACAGUAAGAGCCUCUAAAUAUAGAAGAGUAACCUUUAUUGAAUGUCCAAAUGACAUAAAUGGAAUGAUUGAUUUAUCAAAAGUAGCUGAUUUAGCAUUAAUAUUAAUAGAUGCAUCUAUAGGAUUUGAAAUGGAAACUUUUGAAUAUAUAAGUUUAUUAAAAAGUCAUGGAUUUCCUAAUGUAAUGGGAGUUUUAACUCAUAUGGAUUUUUUUAAAGACAGUAAAUAAUUAAGGAAAACGCGUAAAAAAUACAAAAAAAGAUUUGAGCAUGAAGUUGGAAAUGACUAUAAAUUAUUUUAUUUAUCCGGUAUGAAAUUCGGGACUUAUCCAAAAUUAGAAAUUUCAAAUUUGGCGAGAUUUAUUUCUAUUAUAAAAUACGCGACUGUUCCUUGGAAAGCAAAUCAUCCUUUUAUAAUUCCAGAUAGAUACGAACAUGGAAAAGAAGGCCAAAAGUUUGAUGACAAUGAAUAAUUAGAUGUAAGUUUUUAUGGAUGGAUUAGAGGAGCAUCAUAUGGAAUUAAUAAUAAAAUUCAUAUUAUAGGAUUAGGUGAUUACGAAAUCGGAAAUACAGAAAUAAUUGAAGAUCCUGUUCCUAUAUUAGAAUAAAAAGUAUUCGAAGAAGAAGAUAGUGAUGAUAAUGAUAAAAUAAAAAAAAUAGAUGAAGAUAAUAAUGAAGAUAGUUGUGAUGAGGAGAAUGGAAAUUAACAAAAAAAAAAAAAAAAGAAGAGAAAAAGAACAUUAAAAUAACAAGAAAAAAUAGUCUAUGCACCAUUUUCAAAUUUAGGUUUUUUAAACUACGAAAAAUCUGGAGGAUAUAUAACUAUACCAGAUGAACAUGUAGUUUUUACAAAGAAAUAAAAGAAAGAAUAAUUCGACUAAGAAAAUAUUGAUGAAAUCAUAUAAGAAAAUGAACAAGUUGUAAGUGAUUAAGAACUAGAAGAAGGUGUGAAAAUGGUAAGAGAAUUAUAAGAAAUGAAUGUUAAAAAUUUAAAUGAAUAAUUAAAUGAUAAUGAUGAUGUAGAGUUAAUUUAAGGAGUUUAACUUAAUAAUCAAGAAAAAAAACAAAACCUUACAGAAACAAAAUAGAUUGAGUUUCUAUAAAAAUAAAAAGAAAUUAUAAAUCUUAGAUUAAAAGCUAAAAAUAAUAUUUAAGAAAUUUCUUAUGCAGUUGAACAUUCAAAAAAUGUUUUGGCUACAGAUUUAUAAGAAUUAAUUUACGUUUCAAAUAAUAAAGUAUGUAAUUUCGAUUCUUAAAUGUUUAAAAGUAAAGAAUUAUUUACUAGAGAAUAAUAUAAAUAACUCGUAAAAAAAUAAUUUAUGGCCGGAACUUUAUUAGAAGAAGAACAAAACGAUGAAAACGAAGAAUAAGAAGAUGACCAAAAAACAAAAGCAAAGAAAAAAAGAGAAUUAGAAAUAUAAAAAGAAGAACAAGAACAAGAAUAAUAAGAAGAAAAAAAAGCUAAAAACCAAUAAUAAAUAAAUGCCUUUCUAGAUUCUUAUUUAGGUCUCUACAAAAAAGGUUCAUAUGUAAAAAUAACCAUAAAAAAUAUCAAAUAUGGCCAUUUUAGAAACUUCGAUCCUACCCAUCCUUUAGUCUUAUGCAGAAUAAAUCCAGGAGAAGAUAACUUUGGUUAUUUGAAAGUCCGAAUUAAAAAACACAGAUGGUAUAAUACAAUAUUAAAAACAAUGGACCCUUUAGUUUUUUCUAUUGGUUGGAGAAGAUAUUAAUCUAUUCCUUAUUAUGUUUCUUAAGACAAUGAUACUAGAUUAAGAUAUCUUAAAUAUACGCCUUAACAUGACUUUUGUUAUGCAAUUUUAUACGGUAAUUUUGCACCUUAGGGUACUGGCUUUAUUUGUACUUAAAGCUUGAGUGAUAAAUUAGAAAAAUUCAGAUUAGCUGCUACUGGAGAAGUACUUGAAUUAAACCAUAAUUUUGAAGUUCUUAAAAAACUAAAAUUAAUCGGAGAGCCUUUCAAAAUUUAUAAAAAUUCAGCUUUUAUUAAAGGAAUGUUUAAUUCUAAUAUUGAAGUUUCGAAAUUCGAAGGAGCAUAAAUCAAAACACCAUCAGGAAUCAGAGGAUAAAUAAAAAAAGCAGUAAAAGAAGGACAGCCAGGUUCAUUUAGAGCUACUUUUGAAGAUAAACUAGUUGCAAGUGAUCUAGUAUUUUUAAGGACAUGGUAUAAAGUUGAAUUAGAGAAAUUUUAUAAUCCUAUAUUAUCUUAUGAAAAGAUGAGGUUAAUGAAGACAACAUGGGAAUUAAGAAAAUAAUUAAACGUAGAAAACAAACAAAAUGAAAAUAGUUAAUAUUAAGAUAUUGUAAGAACAGAGAAAAAAUUUAAACCUUUAAUGGUAUCUAAAAAUUUAGAAGAAAAUCUUCCUUUUAAAUCAAAAGAAAAAGUAAAGUAAAUGUCUUAAAAAGAAAAAAUAUUAAAAGCAGAAUCUAAAUUACCGAUUAAAUAAUUAACUUCAGAAGAAGACAAGAAAAUAUUUUCUUUAAUAUAAAGAUUAAAUACUAUUAAAAAAGAAAAAAUAAAAGCCAAAGAAAUAAAAGUUUAAUAAACUAAAAUUGUCAAAUAAGCUAGAUAAGAAGGAGAAACUAAAAAAUUCUAAAAAGGCAAAAAAGACUACGAUAAGGAAAAAUAUAAACAAAAGUUCUCUAAAAAAAGAAAAAAUGACAAUAAUUAAUAUGAAGAUUGA